AUAUUUUAUGACGACUUUUGUCCCAAGAUACACAACCGAUUUUAGCUUGAAACACAAGAGCUUACAUAAUCAGUAUCAAUGCGAAAUAUCAAUUUCAAUGAAAUUACAGAACCAGUGCUAUAUUGAAAAUGAACUUUUGGCAAACGAACAGUCAGGUUUCAAAUGCAGUGUGAAUAAUUAUUUCUUUGGGCAAAUCAAAGAUGUUACCGAUAUAUUGAACCUAUUGCACUUCAGAUCUGCUCUCAGGGGAAGGGUUUCAGAUUUCGAUUAUUACCUACAAAUAAAUUAUACCAAUAUGAAAAACCAAAAUGGAAAUAGGAAAGUUAAUUUCCCAUCAGAAAGAAAAACAGACUGUCAUGAGAAAGUCAAACCCAAAUUGUUUACCGACACAUUAGAUUUGUUUGGAGUAAAAAAUACAACUGAGUUUGAAGUUUCUUUCGUGGGCGAAUUAGCUGAGCACAAAAUCAACGUUACAUUCAUGGCAUCUCGAGAAACACAUUUGGAACCAGUGAAUUAACAAUAAAUAUGAUCGGUUUCAUAACUGUCAAAUCAUCAUCAAUGCAAUUGAUAUUAAAAUAUAAUUUUCAAAAGGAACA